AUGGAUAUGCUUAUUACCACAGACCCAUUAGACAUCCACCAUGUUUUGAGCAAGAACUUUCCUAAUUAUCCAAAAGGGCAAAAUUACCGUAAAUUGUUCGACAUUUUUGGAGAUGGAAUCAUUAAUAUCGACGGACAUUUAUGGGAAAUUCACCGCAAAACCAUCAUGUCUCUCUUUAGACAACCCAACUUUCAAAGUGUUUUUGAAGCAGUUGUCUGGAAGAAGGUGGAAAGUGGGCUUUUGCCAGUAUUAGAGUCUAUUUCCAAAACGGGCAUGGAGAUCGAUUUGCAGGACGUAUUUCAAAGAUUCACUUUUGACACUAUAUGCAAGGUGCUCUUAGAAUAUGACCCGCAAAGCUUGUCUCUCAAUUUUCCUUACAUUCGGUGUGAGAAAGCCUGGGUAGAUAUUACAGAAGGCAUGUUGUACAGGCAUCUUAUGCCCCCAAUCUUUUGGAAACUACAACGACUACUGAAAAUGGGGAAUGAGAAGAAGCUGAGUGAGGCAUACAAUGCAGUUGAUCACUUUGUAGACAAGUGCUUAGCUAGAAUAAAACACGAGUCCAGUAACAUGGAAAGUGAACAUUCUCAUGAAAGUUUUGGAUUAGUGACAUCCCUGGUAACAGAGUUCAAAAGCCAAAGCGGCAAUUUUGGAUAUCCCAAAAACUUUGUAAGGGAUACCAUAGUGACCCUAAUGGGCGCAGGGAGAGAUACAACUACCGCAACUCUCUCAUGGUUUUUCUAUCUCGUUGCAAAAAACCCAAUCGUAGAGGACAAGAUCCGAGAGGAGAUUCACACGUUUCUGGAGAUGAAAGUAGAUGAUCAGAAGAACUGGAAUUCCAAAGAGGUAGGAAAACUGGUUUAUCUUCAUGGGGCUCUAUGCGAAGCCUUAAGGCUUUACCCUGCUGUUCCUUUUAACCACAAAACUCCAUUACAGUCAGAAAUCCUUCCAAGUGGCCACCAAGUUAGUCAAAACACCAGGAUUAUUCUAUAUUACUAUGGAAUGGGAAGGAUGGAAAAGAUAUGGGGUAAGGAUUGCAUGGAAUUCAAGCCUGAAAGAUGGAUUUCAGAGAAAGGAGGUAUCAAACAUGAGCCAUCUAACAAGUUCGUGGCAUUUAGUGGUGGGCCGAGGACAUGCUUAGGUAAGGACAUGAGUUUCACUCAACUAAAGAUAGUGGCAUCUACAAUCAUUUAUCAUUAUCACAUUGAGCUGGUAGAAGGUCACCCGGUUAUUCCUAGCGCUUCCAUGGUACUUAUGAUGAAGCAUGGGUUGAAGGUCAGGUUAACCAAAAUAAGUGAAGAAAAUAUUUGA